CAAGGGAUUGGAUCGAGGACAUUUAUACGUGGUGUUUGUUUACUGUUUUUUUUUUUUUUUAAUAGUUAGAAAAUUUUAAUAGUAAAUUAAGAAUGUGCUCAUGCUUGAUCGGGUUGCGCGCAUGUAUUAAUUCGUUGAUUAAAGUUUUCGUCUCACCAUUUGAGUUUCUUGUCAACUGUAAAAUUAAGGAAGCAGAUCAUCUUGGAUUUGAGCUAACUUGAUAUGCAAGGAAUCUAAGGUCUUUGACCUUAGUAUGGUCGGAAUGAAGUUGGAUCGUAUUUAAGAAGAAGUCUUUAUAGUUUAUAUAAACUUACGUACAUAUAGCUAGCCAUGCAUUUGCAUUGAAUGCAUUGUUUCCAUUUGUAUGGGAAAUUAAUGUGCGUUGCAUGGUUUGGUUAUACCUCACCUGGCUGCCAACCAUAUUAAUUAUUAUGUUACAUUUAUUUCAUUUGCAUGUCAUGCAUUCCAAAUAAAUAAUGCAAGUAUGUUACAUAUAUCGGGAGCGGUUACGGUGCUAAUUGUACAAUAGUUAGCAUCGUCCUAACCAAGGGAAAACUACUACUAGUUUGAAUUAGUAGUGAUUUAGCUUAGAUGUUGUAUUGAUUUUAUAAUAAUCCGUAGUGAUUUCGUUAUUUUUAGUAGCGUUUUUUGCUAGUUAUCACGGUGCUAACCCCUAUAAGGGUUAGCACCUAAUCCCAUCCCUACAUAUAUCUCAUCACGAAUAAGUGAAUCAAUAGUUUUUUUAUCUGUGAGUUUUGAAGGGAUUCGGGCAUGAAAUCUCUAUGUUGAAGACCGGCCAGCAGUAGAAUUGUUAGACCAAGUCUUAUUCGUUUUAUUUUUGGGGAAAAGAUUUUCUGAUACAUGUUGUGCCAAUACCUUUAUACAAAUUUCACUUUUUAGUAAAAAUAAUAGAAAACCAAAAUAAAUUGAUUGUAUUCCGAUCAACCCAUACCACUUACUAAAACAACGCAAUGGUACAUGAACCUGUUUGACAAACUUGAUGCUCAUUUGCACGGGGGGGGGGGGGGGGGGGGGGGGAUCAUCCUUUGUUUUGAAAUAAAAUAAACACUCAUCCAUCAUCUUAUCCUAUUUCCAUGAAGUUAGUUUAUGAACUAAUGAUUAAUUGUGAAACAAAUAACAUAAAAAAGAAAUUGAAACUAAAAUAAAAACUUGUCAUAGAAUGGAAUGUAAAGUGAACGAAAAGAAAAGGGGAAUUCAUUUCCAUUUCUUAUGGAAUUGUAUCCAAACAGGCUGAAAAAGAAUCAAAAAAGAAAGGGAGAUCAAUGACAUCCAGGUAAAAGGCAUAUUUCCUAUUUUCUCUCUGUCUGAGCGUCUGUGUCCCUAGAUUGGGGCCGAAAAGGAAGCGCUGCCGCCUGAGAAAAAAGAGAUGUGCGCCAUGUUGGAAAGAAAGGAGGUCCCGAGGAUUUCUCUCCGAUCUGAGUAUGUAUACGAAACACGGUCCUCUCCUUUCUUUUCCUCGGAAUAGCAUUUUAGUACUACUUAUUUACUUUCCCCUCGCCAGCUGAAUUGGAUUUCGGAGUUUCAAUACUACUUUAUGUUUCUCAUUCCUAGUAGAUAGCUAGGCUCCGGCAAAAUAGGAAAGAAAAUGGAUUCCCAGAUUCAGUGUGUUUGUUGUUUUCUUGAUUGGCAGAAGAAAUGUCUUUCACCGAGAAAGGAACCACCAGUGGGAAGAAGAAGAAGAAGAUCAUCAAGCUACAACGACCUACGGAUCUGCAAACCGAGAAAAACCUUCAUUUGCCGAUUUAUGUUGAUUGGAGAGAUCCCAGCUGGCUCAAAGAUGUGAUCAACGGGAAGUUACAUGUGUGGUUCAUUUUGUUUCUAUCUGCGUCGAGACGACCUGCAAUGUUAAAAACUUGGAGCACAAGGACUAUUGGGUGCAACUGUAUGUGCAGGAGUUAAUAAAAUGUGUACCCCCCCCCCCCCCCCCCCCCCCCCACACACACACAGAUAAUAAGCGCUAUCAUGCAAUAGACCGACCGAAGAAGGUGUUCAUAUGGGUCCAGAGUUAUCAUCUGUGUCUGGAGGAGAAUUACCGCUAUAAUCGUGCUCAAAACGGAAAUUUGGGGCUUGUUUGGCCAAGACCACUGUAAGUAACAGCAAUGCAGCCCCUUCUUCCUUGAUUGUAUUUAGAAUACAAAGAAGGAACCGUCAGAAAUGACAAUUACAAUGUCCAUAUGAGUACUGUUGCACCUGGUUCAAAGGCUCUUACACAUAGAUUUGGUUUGGUAGUAGGAUGAACGAAUAUUUUGUAAUAUUUUCCUUUUGACGUUUUGGCAUAACUUGACCCAUGAAGAUCAACAUUCAUACCAUAAAAAAAUGAAUGAAAGAAAACAAAAACAAAAAUGGAUGAAUGAAUGAAAAUAAAAAGAAUGGAUGAGAAAUAAGGAAAAUACAUAAAAUGAAAUUUAGGGAAAUGGUGGGAGAAGCUAAAAAGGUGUUGUCGCAAGGAAGACGUGUAGAACAAAGAGAAGUCUCUCAUCAGAAAUAAAUAAUCUCCAAUCGGGUUUUAUUAUUUCAUUUGAAUAAUUAUCUUACUCAUUCAUUGACUACUUGCGAGUGUGGAAUGGAAAAGUAACAUUAAUUUUGUACUUCAUUUAUCUGUUAGAGUUAUCAUAUGAUUCAUUGAACAAUGUCUAGUUAAGUUGCACGGGUUUCAUUUAUUAUUUUGUCAACAUUUGAUACAUUUAAUUAAUUGUUUACCAUGUAAGCUGACCUUAUUUAUUAUUAGGUUUAAUUUGAGUGGUGCUAGGAACCACGCAUCCAUUUUAGUUGAUUAAUCAAUUUCGUUGUUGACCGGAGGACCCUUUAAUUUUUCUAUUGCUCUCUAUAAUGGAAACUCGAUGUGGAAAAUUGACUAACACAAGAACACACGAGAAUUAGGGUGAGAUGUACUAUGAAUAUAGAAUGUAAAGUUAAGUAAAGAGACAAGAAUGCCAACAACUAGCUUCUAGACAUCAUCUUCAAAAAUUCUUUUUCAUCCACAUUUCUUACACCUCGUAGUUUGAAGCAAUAUAUUUGUCACUAGUUUGUUUUUAUUUUUCUCUUUAGAAACCCCUUUAUCGUUCAGGCUAUAUCGGUCACGAUAUCUUCUGUCAUCAACUUGCACUUGUUUAUCAAGCAUGUUAGAUUAUAUUAAACAAAAACCAUCCACUUGCUACUAUAGCUUGAAAUAUGAGAGAAUACUAGGAAGCGAUUAACAUAUGAAUGAUAUGAUCAUAAAAUUCUAUCCGUAUGUGUUCUCUCCCUGCCCCCUUAUUCGAUUAUCUUCUCUUCUUUUCCUUUUACGUACUUCUCUUUUUGUAAUCGGUGAUGUUAUAUUUUUAUGGUUAUUUAUUUUCAUUUAAAAUUUUAAUUUUUGGAACUAAAACUAUAGAAAAUGGGUAAGAUAACAAAUUCUAAUCUAGUAGUUGAAGAAAUUUUCUUUGGAUGAAUUCUACUUUUUUAUAUAUUGAAUAAUACAAUAUAACAACAUGAACAUUCCUUUCUUUUUGGUGAAAUCUUCUUUCUUUUCUAUUAUUUACCAUUACAAAAUUAUUUUUAUCGCACUCAGAAGUUAGGAAAGAGGACAUGACAAGCACUGAACAAAUAGUGACACAAUACAACAUCAUCAUCCAUCCCACACCACGAGAAGAAGUGCAAAAGGCAGCCAACGAAUGAAUACAAUAAUACUAACCCUAGAUGAAUGAAAAUGUUUGAGAAUUACACACAUUUGAUAAUCUUCUUUUUCAUUCCACAUCCCGCAUUUUGUUUUAUUAAUUUUCCUCCAAACUUAAAAAAAAAAAAAGAUAACAAUAAGCAAAUAAAUGGCUAAUAUGUUUUUAAGAACAAAUAUAGUUUGUAUCAUAUGUGUGUUUCCAAGAGAAAAUAAAACAUUAGAAACAUC